AUGGUCGUUCAGGGUGAGGGAUACCCUAUUUUCAGUCAUGCCUAUUACAAGAAACGCCGAGGUUCUUCAUCUGACUUUAGGUUAUUUCAAGAAUCCAAAUUUCAAGAUGAAGAAAAGCUAUCUUUGAUUGAUGCAACAAAUGCAUCUUCUCCUGGGAAUUCUGAUGUGAGCAAUCCCGUCGGCCACAGUAUUGCUGAAAUUGAUAUAUUACCUAAAGAAAAAUCUCCAGAACCUGAAGUUCCCAAAGGCUGUACGCAUUCUCAAACUGUGAAAGAUCGAAAGAAUCUGCUGUUCCUUCUCCGGAAUGAACGCAAUCUGGAUGUUAGUGGAUCCAGUUCUUCCAAUUCAACCAUACAACAAUCCAGCCAGCAAUGCAAGACUGAUGAUUCCCUCGGUCUUAGACUUGAUAUGCCGCAUAGGGAGAUGGAUGUUAGAAAAGAGUAUUCUUCUUUAUCAGAUAACUCAGUCUCCACCAGUGAUACUCGCAGUUUAGGUUUGCAACGGGAGCAAAUAUCGGCAGUGAACAUGACCGAACCCGUGAAAUCAGAACCUGUUAAAGAGAAUACCAAACCUGACUGUAGUGUAGGUAGUAGUAGCAGCAGUAAUGUGACGGGGUUAUUGAAGUUGAGUUCCGUGAAAACAGAAUUUGUCAAUAACCACAGAGUGGAAUCUGCACUGCAGCCAUCUACUAAUCCGAAUACAUUAAUUUAUUCUGGCAAAUCAAUGAAGCCUGAAGUUCGAGUUUGCCAGCUUAUUCAGAGUCAAUUCCAACUGGAGACUUGUCGACUCUUUUGGAACAUCGUCAAGAGUUACCACCAAGCUGCCCUGAUGACAAAAUAUGAAGGCCUCGGAUCUUGUGACGCCUCAAAUGAUGAUAGAGUUGGUCCCAACGGUGAAUAUAACUCGUUAAAUAAAGCAUCAGAAGUGUUGGAGGCAGGACUAGAUGAGAAGAAAACUAUAAAUGUCACUCCAGAUGAGCAGCUUGAAGAUCUUCCUGCAAAAGAAUUAUCCAUCCAUGGACCAGCUGAGUUAGAAGAUACAGAUAACUACGUUGUUAAAAAAGCCUUCUCAGGGGAAGAGAACAAUAAUCGACCUUGUCAAAAGCGGAAGCAUCUUUGGACGACCACGAUACUGCCAAAAAUAUCUAACCGUUUUGCCGCCUUACAUGGAUCAGGAUCAGCCACACAGGAACCCACGAUCGAGUUUCUCAAACAAGGGGGGAGAAUAUCUAACCGUUUUGCCUCCUUAACUGGUGACUGGGACAUUCCCGAUCACGAAUUCGCAUCAGAGGCUCCUUACAGACACGUCAGGCACAAACACAAACACAAUCACGCCUCUGAUGUCGAGGUCGAAUGCAACAACGGCUAUGACAUUCAACAAGACAACAACGACAACAACACUCCCGAUAGAAGGAAGCCGAAGAACGACGAAUUCCCUUACAUUACGCCGUACGUCCUUGAGGAGGAGACUCUCUCCCGGAGACAGAGAGAAUCGAAACUUCCCCAGAGAAAGGGCUAUUCGCGAAACCACCGCUCGAAAUCCCAAACGCGUUCGCCGGUGCCGUGGUCAUCUCCCCAAAACAAUCGAAGAUCCCCAGUUUUUUACCUAAAUAGGAGAAUGAGGUCUCCCUUUUUUCGUGACGAGAUUGUUCAUAGGAGGCGCGGGUCCCCCUUUCAGAAUAGGAGAGGUUCACCUGAACGGGCUUUCCCGAGGAGUGGUCGGAGAACGGACGGUAUGGAUUCUAGGGAGAUGAUGGGAGAUUGUGAUGAGUUCAACGAGAGGCGUUCGUUCCGAACAGGUUAUAAUAAUAAUGGGAAUGGGGAGAAUUUCCAAUUUCAUCCGAACGAGGAACACCACAACAGGCCUUACAGAUUCUGUUCGGAUUCGGAUGGAGAGUUUGUGGAGAGAGGUGGUGGGAUGAGAGAUAGGGAGUUUGACGGGCGUGUGAAGAAUCAUCAUCAUCAUCAUCAUCAGUCUUUGAGUAUGUCGAGGAGGAUUAGGAAUGUCGAGGAACACGAGGAUGGGAAUUACAGGUCAAUCGAGAGGGAUUGGCAUGAUGAUGGGUUUUCUGAUGGUAGAGGGAAAAGAAGGAGAUUCUGA